CAACCCUUAGUCGAGCCCAUCACGCCGAACAAUCGCUCGAUGGAAUUAGCAAUGUUUUGGAUAUCACUGUUUCACUUAUUUUCUAUACGCAGCUGGAACAUACCGAAUCACGAUCAGCUUCUAGACAGUGAAUAUUUCUCAAAAAAUGUGUGACCGUACCCUGAACAAAGUUUGAAGGAAUAGUGUCGUUACGAGAUCGGUACGCUCGAGUUUCCAAUCGUUAACUAUCUGCGAAAGCUUGUGUUAUCGGUGUCCCGAUGGAAUGAAAACAGUGCUCGAUGGAAUCUGGAUCGGCAAUGGUGAGGAGUCGGGGGAGCAAAUUGACAAGCAACAACGAACCGUCCAUCGUCCCGGGAAGAACCGCUUUGUCCAGUGGAGUCGGGUACGGUGUCGUGGACGGUCCGCUCGGCUCAUCCGCGCAUCGAAACGGUUGGCAAUUGUUCGGGCAGAAAUCCCGGGGGAUUCUCGAGGACGGCUGGCAGGUAAACGGUCUCCAGGCGACGCGAGCAAAGUGCAACUCUUCGGUAAAGGGCAGUACCUGCACCGUGAACAACUACAGCAUCGUCGCCUCUAGGGGAGAGCUCGCUCGAAAUAACUGCGCGGCGAGAGAGACGCCGGCGCCGUGUAUCGCGAGCAGGAAGAACAGCAGCACGGUCCUCGGCGCGUCCGUGUGCACUCGUCCCGUGCGUCGCGAUACCUUUCUCGCGCAAGAAUUUCCUAGGAAACAGCUCCCCGAAGACACCGGCGAAUCGGAGAACCUUGGGAAACUUCAACGACCCAUCCGCAAGUCGUUCUCCGUCCCCGUCAAUCUCACGGAAGGUUUCUCGGCGCGGGAGAAAACCGGACGAGUGACUGAGAACGGUUUACUGAAAAGGUCUUCUGCACUCUUGGCGAAUUUCACGCAGUCCGUAAGCAGAAUCGCGGACAGAGGGAAGAACGAUUCGUCGAAGCAAGGAAAAGCUGGCUCGUACCUUUAUCGGUCGGAAGCGGCCGGUGCUCCGAGCAAAUACUCGACGUUCAAGGGAUACUUUUCGAUUUUAAGCAACGUCACCGGUGACCACCGACCGCAACCUCUCCGACGAUCGCCGAGCUGUCAAACGUUGCCGAUCGAGAGAAAGAAGAGCGGCGCUCGCGUGAAGAAAUCGGUAUCGUUCAGUUCGGACACGAGUUUCCAAGAAAGACGGGGUACCUUCGGAAAGGCUGCCGUCCACGAAGUCAAAGUCUACCACAAGGGCGUCCUGCAAGAUCGGAGUGUGCUCGGGAACACGAUUCUCACAAAAGUGCCGCCGUCGUGGGAAACAUCCUCCGAGGGCCGAUCGGCCUUCCUGAGGGCUGCGAGGGAUGCCGACGACACGGCGCUCAAUCAAAUCGCGGCGCAGGUGCAAAGGUUUGGAUUCGGAGACAUGGACGUUAAUAUGGUUGACAGCAGCGGCAGGACCGCCGUCAGUUACAUGGCUGGAAACGGAACCGCGGCGAUGUUGGAGCUAGCGCUGUCGUUCGAGGGGGUGGAUGCGAACAUUCCCGACAACGAAGGCAACACGCCGCUACAUUUCGCCGCGCAAGCGGGGCAAGCGGAGUGUCUCAACAUCCUCCUCCAAAGAUGUCCGGACAUCGAGAUGGACGCUAGAAACUCUUCCGGCUUCACGCCGCUGAUGAAGGCCGCCCUCCAAGGACGAACGAAAUGCGCGAAAAUUCUGUUGUUCGCCGGUGCUAAUCCGACAUUGAGGGAUCACGGGAGAGGAUUGAGGGCGGAACAGUGGGCCAGAUUUUGCGGAAGGUACGUCUGCGCCGAAGUGAUCGAAAGGUUCGCCAGGCACCGGCUUUUGGAGAGAUCGACGUCGUGUCGUUGGGGCAGCGAACCGGAACUCGCUGCAAAGGUGCUGCAAGGAAAGGUGAUACCAAUUCCCGCGGCGCCUCUCUCGCCGCCGUCCUCGGGAUUAAAGUCAAAGAUAAGGAAAGUGUUCCGCACUACGUCCGGGCCGGAUCGAAAUUUCUCGUUAGUUUCGCAAUUGACUAGCGCCGCUCUAUGCGCGAGCAGUCCCGUCUUGCCGAAAGCCGGCGAAGUCCCGCCCGUGGUGAAAAGUCUUCUUCGACCUCUCAGCGUCCCGCAGCUCAGGGUAACGCUGGUGUCGCCGCAGGAAUUUCUCGAACAAUCCAAGGAGAAGCACGGCUCGAGUUUUACGGAAAAGAUCGAGAACGCGAUUGUGAAACCGUCGCGGUCGAAGAAGAAGAGCAAAACAUGAAAACAGGCGGUGUGAGAAUUUCAAGUACCUUGCCAUAGUAUCGAACUUUCUGCUUGAAGAAAUGCACGAAACGAGGCUCCUCGUUCGCAUCGUUCACGUACGUAGGGAUCCUAUAGAUGUCUCGGAGCCAGCCGAGACCCAC